AAAGGGACAACAGCAGUGGGACCAGGGCUCGAUAAUGCAAUGAAGGAGAUGCGUUGCUUUAACUGCAAAUAUAAGGGUCAUUGGGCAAGAGAUUAUCAGAAGCCCAAGAGGGAGAAGGGUACAUGCUACCACUGCGGCGCUAAGAACCAUAUGGGGACACAAUGCACGAAGAGGAAGGAUGAUAUUGGAAACAAUUUCAAUACCUCAUAGAUUCAGGGAGUCCCAUUUCAUUUA